UGCUAGGAAGGGGCAUCUUUUCUUGCCCGGUGGAAAACAAACAGUGACAUUUCUCUCUCCGGUUGUAAUAUCCUAAUUAAGGGUCCCCCUUGAAGCCACCAGCGGAGAUGCCAGGGAUGGUCAGUAAAAAUUCUGAUCUUGAAUUUGACUCUUUGCAGCCCUGUUUCUACCCAGACGAAGAUGACUUUUAUUUGUGCCGCCCGGACUCUGCUCCUCCAGGGGAGGAUAUCUGGAAAAAGUUUGAGCUGCUGCCUACGCCUCCACUGUCUCCGAGCCCGGCGGGUCUGCAGGAGAACCCCCCCGGAGCAGCCCCCGGGCCAUGGGGAGGAACGGCUCUCGGGGGAUACCGAACCAGCGACCCUCUGGACUGGGCGUCGGAGCUGCUGCUGCUGCCCCCAGAAGCUGACCUGUGGGGCGGUGGCGAUGGAGGGGACUCCUUUGAGACGGGGCUGGGAGACAGCAGCAACCUCAAUGCCAUCAUUAUCCAGGACUGUAUGUGGAGCGGCUUUGGAACCAGUGAGAAGCUGGAAAGGGCAGCAGCUGAGAAGCCACAGAGUAAAGGAGGAACAGCUGCGGCGCCUGCCCUGGCCGGGUCUGCCGCCCCCCUGGCUGCCCUCCCCUCCAAAACCAGCCCUGGAAACAAUCGCGGCAGCCAAGCGGAGCUCAACAACUCCGUGUCGGAGUGUGUGGAUCCAGCCGUGGUUUUCCCUUUCCCUGUUAAGCAGCGAGAUGCCCCGGCCCCGGCAGCCUUGGGAGGAGGAGUGGCGGGGCCCCGGCUAAGCGUGAACUGCAGCAGUGGCCUUGCUCAAGGGGUGGCCAUUCCUGCGCCCCGAAGCAGCCACCACCCAAGCAUAACUAGUGACAGCCGGGCCAACAACAGUUCGGGAGACGAUACGCUCAGCGAUUCUGAUGAAGAUGAGGAAGAAGAGGAUGAUGAGGAAGAAAUCGAUGUGGUCACGGUGGAAAAGAGGCGCUCCUCCUCCUACAAAGCUAUAACCACCCUGACUAUUGCUGUGCGCCCCAAGAACGGCGCCCCCUUUGCCUCGGUGAGAACUCAGCCCAACGAAGUCAUCCUGAAGCGCUGUGCCCCAAUUCAUCAGCAGCAUAACUAUGCCGCGCCUUCGCCCUAUAUAGAGAGGGAAGAGGUCCCUCCCCCCAAAAAGCUAAAGAACGAAGCGCCUCGCCCAGCAAAACCAGUGGCCCAACCAAAGCCCAAGAGCUCCAGUCCGCGCAACUCAGACUCGGAAGACAGUGAGCGUCGACGCAACCACAACAUUUUAGAACGGCAGCGGCGUAACGAUCUGAGGUCGAGUUUUCUGACAUUAAGGGACCACGUGCCUGAACUGGUGAAAAAUGAGAAGGCGGCCAAAGUGGUCAUCUUGAAAAAGGCCACCGAGUAUGUCCAUUCCCUGCAGGCCGAGGAGCACAAGUUGUUGUUGGAAAAGGAAAAACUGCAGAUCAGGCAACAGCAGUUGAUAAAAAAAUUAGAACAUAUGCAGACUUGCUAAUGUGGGGGAGACAGACAAACCUUACCUUUAUACCUAUACCUAUAUCUAUAUCUAUAUAUAUAUAUAUAUUUGUCUGAUCUGGACAGCUAUUGCCACUUUGCACAUUUUUGAUUCCUUAAAGAGAGCUAUGUUUUUUUGACGUUAAGAAUGUUGGUUUUAUUUCCAAUCCCAUCUCUUACAUAGAUGACACAACACUGUUAUCUGAAGGGAGACCCCGUGGACAUUCUUCUCUGGAACUGAAGAGGCUGCCAAACCGUGGCGGAAUGGCUUCGUCUUUCCUCUCGGAACCGUCUGGGUUCUUGAAAUGUUGUGAGCGUUGGGACUUGCUUAUGACAUCCCGUUGAGUUGGAAACAUUCAUUCCGUUUUAAUGGUGCUUAUGUUUUACAGGUGUUACGGGGCAAAACCAUUUUGUACCCAGGGGGAAGGGAACCACCUGUGUAAAUACCAUAUACACAUUUGCCUUUUGUACACGUCUUGGGUUAUGAGAGGUGACUUUUGCUACCAAUAUUAGACUGGAAGUUCAUACCUAAGUACUGUAAUACCUCAAUGUUUGAGGAGCAUGUUUUUGUAUACAAAUAUAUUGUUAAUCUCUGUUAUGUACUGUACUAAUUCUUACACUGCCUGUAUACUUUAGUAUGAUGCUGAUACAUAACUAAAUUUGAUACUUAUAUUUUCGUAUGAAAAUGGUUGUGGAAAGUUUUGAGUAGAUAUUACUUUAUCACUUUUUUGAACUAAGAAAACUUUUGUAAAGAAAUUUACUAUAUAUGCCUUUUUUCCUAGCCUGUUUCUUCCAGUUAAUGUAUUUGUUCAUGUUUGUUGCAUAGAACUGGGUAAUCGCAAAGUUCUGUGUUUAAUUUCUUCCAGCGAUGUACAUUUAGUGCUGCAUCUUUAUAGCACUUUGAAAUACCUCAUGUUUAUGAAAAU